UGAGGCUGGACGGCCGGGUGCCUCAAGAUGGUCUAUCGACAGUGACCGUCGGCAUGCGAUACGAGCGAAUGCAUCCUCCCCGGGACCGUGGCCGCUGGAUGGCCCCAUCGACUCCCUGCCGAGCCCGCCUCCUCGCUGGGACCCUUGCCGCCCCCCUGCCUCGAUCGCAAGUCAAGCACAUCGUCGCCAAUUGUACGUCCAAGCCAUCGAGAUCCAGCGGCUGCAGCAGGCGAUCGGCCACACUCCCAUGAUUCCACAAGUCGUUCGUAUGCGCCGUCGUCGUGGAUGCCCUCCGAUCUGCUGGGUGCCAUCGAUACGAUUCUGAGCUGUCCGACCUUUGAUGUCUCCAAGAGUAUGCCAUCAGGACAAUCUCCUGCGGCAGCUUUGGUUGUCGACUGGAGCCAAGCGCGCGAAAAGCAUCUCCUGAUAGCAGAGGCACCGGCGGCAUGGAAGCGCAGAGUCGGUGAAAUUGACAAUGCCGUCGAUAGCUACAUAUGCGUGCUUCGUCAAGCCCACCAAUCGUUCGGCAGCGUCCACAAAGCUGCCAAAGUAAUCCUGGGAUCCUCACAACCCUCCAGCGGGCCUGUGCGGCCACAUAUUGUCGCGCAGGCCCUUCGUGGAAUCGUCAAGGAGCUAGAUACGCCCAUAUUCCUGCGCACACACACUCCGGUUGAAGCCACGAGGAUUGCGUCGAAUAUCUAUGGCGGGGCGCAUCUCGGCGCGUUUGUGAUCGAUAUCCCGACGGCGGUCCCUCUCUCGGAGCAGCUUGUCGCAUUGCAAGUCUGGAGCACGCUGCUUCAGGAUCCUUGGAGUCUGCCGGCUGUUUGCUUGACGCUAUUGGACUUGCUCUCGACCAUCCAAUGGACCGACCAGGAAAUCGGAGCCAUGUGCCGUCUGGCCCGGAUAUUCACGAUGCUGUGUCGGUUCCAGAAGUGGCCCGAGAGUGCACUCGAGCUCAUCUACAACCAUCUCACCACCACAAAGGGGCGAGUGUCGCUGCUGCUUGUCGACAGCGUCACCAAGACAUGGAAGUCGAUCAUUUCAGUCAUUGUCAAGGAUCCCGUUGCAGCAUCGACUCUAAAGCACAUGGUCCUCAAGGGACAAUUUGACCGAUCGAUCUGUCCGUGGAUUCAUGCACUCAGCCCAGCUCCACUCGAGGCCUUGAUUAGCAGCUAUGUGCAGCGUCUUUGUCGGGGCAGUGUUCGAGAAUGGCAAACGAUCGGCCCGCCAAGAUACGUCAUCCGCGCAUUGGCGUUGGCUGUUGCCCAUCUCCCCUGGAAUGUUUUGCAUCUCCAUGUCGCUGCAUUAUACCACCGGCUUCAAUCACUGGACGAAGACGAAGCCAUCAUAUUCUUUGCACAUCUCGUAGCCCAGUUCUUUGCCACGCCCAAGAAGGUCACGCCAGCAUCGCUGCAGCGUGUUUCACAGAAGGAGCUGGGCCAGUUUCUGUGGGACCAGUUCGGGAAACUCUUCCACGAAUCACGCGAGAUUGAGUAUGGAUACCGACUCGCCCUUCUUGAUGCGAUUUCGCAGAUGAGCGGGUACUCUCUCGAUUGCUCGAUCGUCCGGUGGUUCGGAUCCUUGACGACCGAACAAGCGAUGGCUGCCUCGCGACGGACAGUCGAUAUGAUGACGCGGCACCAAACCCGCAUGCCCUCAGUCCAACGGAUGGACAAGGCUAACAACACCACGAUCCGCACAGCAUCAACCUUGUAAUCAUGUAUUUAUUACCCGCAAUAGAACAUAUUCUGGCACAACAGAGCGGCUCCUGCUCAUCGAGAGGAAGCGGUUCGGCUUCGAUGUCGUGGGCAAUUGACACAUCAAUGAAUGGUGGUUCGCUAAAUCCAUCUGCGGAACGGGGAAUCCAACUCGAGGCGAGGGGCUCCAGCUCCGCUCGGCAGUGCAGGAUGUCUCCCACCCCCUUCUUCCUCCAUGCGCAUUGGUUUCAAUAGUCCG